CUAAAGUCAAGUCAAAAUGGAAGACGGACAUGAAUUCCAGGAAGUUUCAAAGGCGAAAUAUGAUUGUCUUUUGUUUGAUCUUGAUGACACCCUUUAUCCUCUGAGUUCUGGAUUGUCAGCGCUUGUAGCAAAAAAUAUUCAAGAGUAUAUGCUUCAAAAGCUUGAGAUAGAGGCUGCUAAAGUUCCUGAAUUGUGCCUUUCAUUAUAUCAAACUUACGGGACAACAUUGGCUGGCCUAAGGGCAAUUGGCUAUGACUUUGACUACGAUGACUUUCAUAGUUACGUUCACGGGAGAUUGCCGUAUAAUAUGCUGAAACCGGACCUUGUUCUCAGGGGCAUUUUGCAAAGCCUUCCUGUUAGGAAAGUUAUUUUUACGAAUGCAGACGCAUGCCAUGCAGUUAGAGCGCUUCAUAGUCUUGGAUUGGAGGACUGCUUUGAAAGGAUUAUAAGCUUUGAGACUCUGAAUUCCUCCAAAAACACCAACCCUCCUGAUGAUAAAGAUGGCAGUGAAUCCAGACCAAUCACCGCAAGAAUUUUUGAUUUUUGUGAGUACAUGCGCAGGCCUAAUUCUGAUAUGGUGCUUCCAAGGACUCCAGUUGUCUGCAAACCCUUUGAAGAUGCAUUUGAAACGGUUUUCAAGUUAGCAGACAUUGACCCUCAAAGAACAGUGUUCUUUGAUGACAGUAUCCGCAAUUUGUCGACAGCCAAACGCUUGGGCCUCCACACAGUCGCGGUGGGUACUUCCGUUCGUACUAAAGAAGUGGAUCAUGCAUUAGAGAGUAUCCAUAAUAUCACGGAUGCAUUUCCGGAGCUCUGGAAAGCCGAUGAGAAGCAUGAAUUUGUCAAGUAUAAGGUUUCAAUUGAAACAUCAAUAAAAGCUUAG